AUGGGAAAUGAACAGAUGAGUUAUUUACUAGUCAUAGCAGUGGAAAGUGAUGUAUCAGGUAAAAAAUUCAAUGCAAUUGGUAAUUCAUGGAAAAACCGCGGCACACCAGUGUGCCGCAGCACCCAGUUUGAAAACCACUGUUCUAUACCACCACCGAGCAGAGCGCUACAUGGCACUAACAGUUUGAUUUGUUCCCUCAUGAUUCCUCGUCCGACAGAAAAAUAUGAUAUCAUAGGAAUUAAGUGGAUCCGAUCAAUACUAAAUUCGUAUCCAAACUUCUCGCUGGUCAACAUCUACCGUCAGUAUGUAUGCAGUAAACAUUUCAAAGAUCAACACUUCAUACUUCCAGACAAGCUACUAUUAAAAAGUUUUGCGAUUCCAACAGUGUUUGACAGUGGACAUCGCAUCCGUGUUGGUGGGCGGCAGAUCAAUAAUACUGCAGCAGGCAUGAAUACAGUACGUGGUAUUUCAACGCUGGUUAAUAAUAAUGUCUAUACAAAUAAUAACAAUGUUCAAGUGAUAUCGGUGUCAAACUCGUCUUACAAUACCAUAGAAAUGAGAACCAUGACAAGAAAUAUAUUUAACUGUUCGCCAUCCAUUGAACACACAGAACUUCAAGAACCUUCCGAACAGACGGCCAUGGCAUCAUCUAGAUCGUUGCAAACAAGGAAAAGAAGAUUUGAAUAUGAAGUCACUGUAAAGCAAUAGAUUCAGAGACAUAUAAAGUGUAUCUGAGUAGGUAUCUUACUUGAAUGAAUAUGAGUUAUGACUAAACAUUAAAAAUUGAAAUUAUACGUUAAUUAAAAAAAAAAAUAUUUUAACAAUGUAAA